AUGGCGCUGUGGCGGAUCCAGGCGGUGUUGGGGACGACGCUCGCGCUGGCUGCGGGGUCGUUCAACGCGGGGAGCGUGGCGACGAUGGCGGAGGCGGGGUCGCAGUUCGGCGCGCAGCUCGCGUGGGCCUUCGCCUUCGCGCACGGCCUCGCGCUGCUGCUCAACCUCCUCGCCAUGCGCGUCGCCUUCGCCACGCGCCAGUCGCUGCCGCUCGUGAGCCUCGCGCCGCCGCGCUGCCUUAUAAGAACUGAUUUAGGCUUUCCUGCCCUGAUCCAUGGGUUUCGUCGCUCCGCGCUUCCUCGUCCACCCGGCACGCUCUCCUCUCGCCUGCGAAGAUUUUCGCCAAUCAGAUCGCGUCUUUCGCCGUAUUGCCCGCUGCCAAUCCUCCCCUUCGCUGCUCCUUCCCCCCCAUCCCCUCCCAUUUCCCCCCAACCCCCCCCGCUUCCCCCCGCGCGUGACCACGUGCGCGGCGCGCAGGUGAUCGUGCGCGAGUAUCCGCGCGCGUUCUGCCGGCUGGUGUGGGUCAUCUGCGAGGCGUCCGUGCUCUGGUUCGACCUCGUCACCGUACUAGGCAGCGCGGUGGCGCUACAGCAGCUGCUAGGGGUGCCCUUCAAGGCGGCGCUGCUGCUCGCCGCGGGCUCGGGCGUGUUGCUGCUCCAACUGCCGUUGCCGCAGGCGCACCAGGCGGUGUCAGCAUGUGUGGCGUGCGCACUCCUCGCGCUGCUCUGCGCGGCCCUGCAAUCCCUCCUCGCAGGGCCCGCCUUCCUGCUCUCGUCGCUCUCAGCCGCGCUGCUGCCAGCAGUGCCGCCCGCCUCGCUGCACCUUGUGCUCGCCGCCAUCGGCGCGCUCGCCCUGCCCCACCGCUUCCUGCUGCUCUCCGCACUCGUGCUGCAGGACGACCCAAAUGCGCACGACCUCAUGGAACCGCCACCUGGCGCGCCAUCCUCCCCUCGUGACGCCUCCGCCUCCGCCUUCCACCCCUCCGCCACCCAUCCCCUCGUCCCCGCGUCCCCCUCCUCCGCCUCCCUCUCCCCCUCAGCCUCCCUCCACCCGCUGUCCCCCCAGCAGCAGCAGUACCGCCGCGAUUUCAUCCGCUCCCAGCUGCUCGCUGCUGCCGCCACGCUCGCGCUGCUCCUAGGGGCCUCCGCCGUGGGGCAGGGCGCAGGGGUGGACGGGGCAGGGGCAGACGGACAGGAAGAUGGGGAAGGGUUUGAAGGGGUGGAGGGGGGUGGGGAGCGGCGGGUGGUGCGGCUGUGGGGCGUGUACCGGCUGGUGGAGCAGGUGGUGAACAGCAACGUGGCUCCCACCUUCGCCUCCCUCGCUCUCCUCUCCUCCUUCCACCUCUCCACCCCCACCAACGCCUAUGCCGGCCAGCUCUCCGCCUCCACCUUCGCCCACGUGCACCUGCGCCCCUGGCACCGCUUCCUCCUCACCCGCGCCCUCACCCUCCCCCUCCUGCUCCUCCUUUCCCUCAUUCUCGAUGACGCCGCCACGCUCUCCCUCCUCUCGCACUCGCAGCUCCUCCUAGCCCUCCUGCUCCCCCUAGCAGCCGUCCCCCUGGUGCGCCUGGCGGCGUCCCCCGCGCUCAUGGGGCGCCACCGCGUUGGCCCCGCGCUGGAGCUCGUAAGCUGGGUGGCGUGCCUCUCCGCGUGCGCCCUCUCUGUCUGGUUCCUCGGGGACGCACUCUUACGCUUCGCCACAGCAGAGGCCGUCGCAGGGGGCGCGGAUGGGGAUGAUAUCGGGGGAAUGGGGCUGUGGGAGUGGGUGGUGGCGGGGGAGUUUCUGUCCGCGGGGGGAGGAGAGGAGGACGACGGGGAGGGGCUGGCCGUGGGGCUGUCGCCGUCCGCUGUGUGGCGCAACGUUCGGCAGCUAGUGGCGGUGUUUGGCGGGACGGCGCUGGUGGGCGGCAUGCUGGGCGGGCUGCUUUGGCUCAUGCUGCUGCCACUGCGGUCGGAGGACGAGCAGCAGCGCCGCCUGCUGCUCUCCCACUCCGCCUCCGCCUCCCUCUCCGCGCCCUCCCCCUCCUCCGCCUCCGCCCCCACCUCUCUCCGCCGCCCCCGCCCCCUGCCACUGGCAGCAGCGCAGGACAGGCGGGGAGGGGAGGCGCGGUGGGGGGCGGAGAGGGAGGGGAGGGCGGGCGCGGGGGGGACAUGGGAGCUGCCCCGCCCCUCCGCGUCCCCUGUGUCUGGGCCGCUGCCUGUGUUGCUCCCUGGCGCGGAGAGAGGGGGGGAGAGGGCGGAGGAGAAGGGGGAGGGCGCGGAGGGGGGGUCGUGGAACAGUGCACUGAGGAGGCGCGUGGGGGGGCAGCAGUGGCAGCAUGGGGGGGACAGGGGGGAGGUGGGGGAGGGCGUGAGGGGUGUGGUAUCAGAGGGGGUGGGUGGGUAUGGUAGCAGCAGUGGCAGUGGCGGUGGCGGUAUGAGUGGAGUGGGAGUGGGAGUGGGAGUGGGAGUGGGAGGGGGAGGGGGAGGGGGAGGGGGAGUGGGAGGGGAGCGCAUGCGAGUGCAGCGAGCAGCGUCCGUGUCGGGGUGUGUGGCGGAGAGGGAGGUGGGCGGAGGAAUGGGCGCAGGUGUGGGCGCAGGUGUGGGCGCAGGUGUGGGCGCAGGUGUGGGCGUGCAGGGGGGAAGUGGCAGGGAGGGGGAGAGGGGCAGGCAGGGGGCUGAGAGAGCCAGCAUGUUGUCAAGAGCAGGUGGCGAGCAGCAGUGGCAGGCGAGGGAAGGGGGCCCUCAGGCGCUAGCAGGCUCGCCACGUGCAGAGCACCUCGCUGUCUCCUUGUGUGCUGUGGCAGCUGCAGCAACGGCCACAGCAGCAGCAGGCGCAGCCGCAACAGGUGCGGCAGCGGCAGCAGCAGCAGCUGUUGCUGCAGGUGGGAAGGCAGGGGAGGAGAGGAGGGGAGAGGGCGAAAAGGGUGUGGUAGGGGGAGAGGUGGUGGUGGCACCGGGUUUUGAGGCGCCUCAACAAGCGGUGGUGGCACCGGCAGUGGCGGGCGAAGGGCGUGUGGGCGACCCUGUGCUGCUGCCUGCCCCUGCACCGGUUGUACCGUCACCAAUUGCCCCCGCCCCCGUUGCAGCUGCACUGGUUGCACCCGCGCCGAUUUCAUCUGUUGCGAAGGUUCGAUCUUCUGUGAACGUUUCAUCUGCUGAAGCAGUUUCAUCAACUGACAUGGUUUCAUCUGCUGAAGCAGUUUCAUCAACUGACAUGGUUUCAUCUGCUGAAGCAGUUUCAUCAACUGACAUGGUUUCAUCUGCUGAAGCAGUUUCAUCAGCUGACAUGGUUUCGUCUGCUGAGAAGGCUUCGUGUGCUGAGAGGGAGGGGGUGAUGCGAGGAGAGGGAAGCGCGGAGACAGAGCAGGAGGAGAGCGACGAGGAGGGGAAGAAUGGUGGGGAGGGGGGCGGAGGCGAGGGCGAGAAGGAAGGAGAGGUGGUGGUUCCGUUUGACAGAGCGGUGACUCUGGCGGAUGGCGUGGCGGGUGUACGCCAUGGCACAGGCGGGGGCACUGGGCUGGGCGAUAGUGGUGCCGGCGCAGGGGACAUUGGGGGGGAAACAGCGGGGCGUGGGGAGACGGGCGAGCGAGGGGAGAUGGGCAACGAGCAGACGGGCAGGGAGCGUGGGGAGGCGGCGAGGGGGGAGGGCGUGGUAGGUGCGGCUGAGGUGAGUGCGGGGAUGCGCGUGGUAGAGAGGGCAGGUACGGCGACAGGGCGUGCGGGGCAGGGAGGCGAGGGAGGGGAAGGAGCGGAAAAAGUAAAGGGAGAGGAGCGAGGGGAGGGAGGCGGGGAGAGAGAGGAGAGUGGGGACGGUGGAGAAGCAGAUAACGAAGCGAGAGAGCAAGGCAAUGAGAAGGCUCAUGGAGAGGCGGGGAAGAACGGGAGUGUGGAGGCCUUGGGGGCUAUUGGGGAAGCCAUGGAGGAGGGCGGUAGGGGCAUGGAGGGGAAGGGGGAGACGGGAGAGGAGGGGGGGAGGGAGGAGAAAGGCGAGGGGAAAUUGGAGGUGGCAGGGGAAGCAGAAGGGCCGGGGGGGAGGGAAGCAGAGAGAAAGGAGGAAGCGGAGGUGGAAGUGGGUGGGGAGCAGCGAGGGGGAGAGAAAGCGGUGGUGGAGGGAGGUGGGGGGGAGGAGGCAGUGACACGAGAGGCCAUGGACGUUGGGGAGGCGGAGGGAGCUGCGGGAGCAGAAGAAGAGGGUAGCGCGGGCAGGCUAGAAGGCCGCCCCGAUGGGGAAAAGGGUAAGGAUGUAGAGGGUGGGGAUGAAGGGGAGGAAGGGAAAGGGAAGGAAGGGAAGGGCCAAGAAGGUAGAGAGGACGGGGCAGUGGAGCAGCAAGGAGAAGGCGUGGAAGAGGGGCGAGGGCAGACUAACCUGGAUGGGCCGCCAGAGGCGCCGGGUGGGGGGGCGGGAAGGGUGCCCAUGGAAGCAGUGGCGCACUCCCAGACGCCCCUGGGCGGAGGGGAAGCGCGGGCUGGGGAAGGGGGGAUGGGCGCGGGUGGUGGUGGUGGUGGUGGCGGCAGUGGGAUGGGCGAGCAGGCGGAGGGUUCUGUUGUGCCCGUGGGGAAGGGGGAGAGGCGGGGGGAGAGGGAGGCAGCGGAGGAGGGGCUGGAGGGUGAGGGCGCAGGGGAGGCGAAGAGGCACCGGGUGGAGGAAGGCGGUGGGGGAGAGGCGGAGGGCAAGGGGGGCACGGAGGGAAGGGCGGGAGCGGAGGGAGGUGCAGCAGCGGAAGCAGUGGUGGGUGGGGAAGUGGGGGCAGGGGUGGAAGCAGAGGCAGGGGCGGAGGGCGCAGGGGAGAUGGAGGUGGAGGAGCAGGAGAAGCGGGUGGUUGCCAUGGGAGGGGUUGCAGAGCCGGGAGGAGAGGUGAGGCGGAGUGGAGGUGAGGGGGGUGCGGUUGCUGCUCCCUCUGCUGUUGCAGGAGCCCCACCACCAGUCAUGGCAGCAUCCAUGGCAGUGGCAGCAUCAGCAGCAGUAACACAAGCCGCAACAGCAGGAAGAGUGAGAGCAGGUGUGGCGGGUGGGAGGGUGGAGGCAAACAAACCACAGCAGCAGCAGAAUCACACCCAUCCCCAGCAGCAGCAGCAGCAGCAGCAGCAGCAGCAGCAGCAGCAGCAGCAGUCCCACGUGGCUCGGUCAGCCCUGUCCAAGUCCCCACCUCUCCCCGACUCCACCCUCCUCCUCCCUGCCCCUAUGCCCCGCACGCCCUCCCCCCCGUCCGCCCAGGCUGCGCCCUUCACUGGUGCGCGCAGCAGCAUAGGCAGCCCCUGCGGGUCUGGAUCCCUCUCUGACCUUCUGCACCACUCCCAACCGCGCCAGCACUCCUCACUGCUCGCAUCCGCCGCUGCAGCUGCCGCGAGGGGCAGUGACGGCGAUGGGCUGAGUGCUCUGCCGUCUGGGGCGGGUGGCAUGGGCGGCAGCAUGGGCGGCAGCGGCAGCAUGGGCGGCAGUGGGAGCGGCAGCCUGUCACGUGUGUCUGGGCUGGGCAGGGGUGCGAGGAGACAGUUUGCAGCCAUUCUGGACGAGUUCUGGGGAGGAUUGUUUGACCUGCACGGCCAGCCCGUUCCCCUGCCCGCUGCCCGCCCCGCGGGGGGGAGCAGCAAGGCGGGGGGGAAGGGGGGAGGGGAUGGGGGGAAGGGGAAGAGAGGCGGGGCGGAUGGGAGUGGGGGUGGAGGGGUGGGAGGGAUUGGAGUGGGCGCUGGUGCUCGCUCCAGCAUGCUUGGGACUGCUGCUACUGCCACUGCUGCCGCUGCCACUGCUGCUGCUGCCACUGCUGCUGCUGCCGCUGCUGUCGGUGCUGCGAGCAGUGCUGGCAGUGGCUAUGGUGGUGGUGGGGGUACAGCAGCAGGUGGGAGAGGUGCAGCAGCGGUGGGGGGUGCAGCAGGCAAUGCGGGCAACGGAGCACCCCCCUUCCCACCCGCCCUCCCUCCAGAGGAUCAUCUCUUCUCCCCCGAUCCCCUCCCCGACUCCCUCUCUCUCACCGCCUCCCUCACUCUCCCCGACCCCCUCGCCCUCACCGCCCACCGCCGCUCCUCCAUUGAUGCUUCCUCCCCCCCGCCCCCUCUCCACGACCCCUUCCUCUCCCGCGACCCCUUCUCCACCCGCCCCGCCCUCUCCCGCCCCCCCACCGCAAUGUCCCCCCUCCUGUCCGCCUCCUCCGCCGCCCACCCCUCCCCCUCCGCGCGCCAGUACAGCACACUUGCGCAUCUCCCCAAGUUCUCCGACCUGCCCCCCCAGCAGCAGCAGUCGCUGCUCACCGCACCCCCCUUCCUCCCCUCGCUCUCCUCCCUCUCCGCCUCCCCCGCCCCUGGCGGCCCUCACAGGGACGUGGAGGGCCCUAGUCGCUCCACCCCCAACCUGUACGCGGAUCUGCUCGCGCAGGGCUAUGGGGGGGGCGGGGGGAGGGCGGGCGGGGGAGGGGGAGGCGGAAUGGGGCUGGGGGGAGGGCGGGGGGCGUUUGGAGCGGUUGGGUCGGUGGCGAUGGGUGUGUCUGGGAUGUCUGCUGCUGCUGGGCUGCUGGGUGCCGCUGCUGCUGCUCCCUUCACACCUCUGUACCAGCAACAGCAGCAGCACCAGCAGCAGCACCAGCAGCAGCAGCAGCAGCAGCAGCAGCACCCUUCCUCCUCGUUCUUCUCCUCCCAGCCGCACCCACACUCGCAGCAGCAACAGCAGCAGCCGUGGCAGCAGCAGCAGCAGCAGCCGUGGCAGCAGCAGCAGCAGCAGCAGCAGCAGCAGCAGCAGCAGCAGCAGCAGCAGCAGCAGGUAUGGCUGCAGCGUGGGAACAGCAUGGAUGGCAUGGGCAUGGACAUGGGGAUGGGCAUGGAUCAAGGAUUGCACAGGGGCAUGGGCAUGAACAUGGGCAUGGAUAUGAAUAUGGGUAUGGACAUGGGCAUGGGCAUGGGCAGGAACGAGCAUCUAGACCAAUUGGCACAGAGCUAUGCGAGCUUCGCUCCCCCGGACGCCAUGCGAGGCACCAACCCCCUUUCCCAUGCGCACGACCACGAUCACCCCCAGGGCCACCCCCAGGGCCACCCCCAGGGCCACCCCCAGGGGCACCCGCACGCCCCCAUGCACCACCUGCUGCAGGCCUCCCCCUCCGCUCCCCCCGGCUUCCCCUUCCCGCGCCACCCCUCCCCCCCUGCGCCUGCAGGGGCGCCGUGGGGGGGAGGGGCAGUGGGGGCGGGGAGAGGAGAAGGCGGGUGGAUCGGAGACAGCAGCAGUGGCAGUGGCAGUGCGUUUGGAGGGGCCGGUGGUAACCACAUGGAGUGGCAGCAGCAGGGGCAGCAGCACCUGCUGCAUCAGCAGGGGCAGGGGCAGGGGCAGGGGCAGGGGCAGGGGCAGGGGCAGGGGCAGGGGCAGGGGCAGGGGCAGGGGCAGGGGCAGGGGCAGGGGCAGGGGCAGGGCUUGCAUGGCAUGGGUGCAGUGAAGCCCAUCGGCCCUCCCUCCCGCCGCCACCAGCCCGCACAGGACGUCCAGCACAGCACCAGCACCAGCACCAGCAGCAGCAGCAGCAUCACCAGCAGCAGCACCGCUCACUCUUCCCUGUGGGCCAGCAACCCGCGUGACAUGCUCUUUGGCACGCACUCCGGCCCCCUCUCCUCCUCCCUCUCCUCCUCCCCCGCCUCCUCCUCCCCUUCCUCCUCCACCCCUCUCGCCGCCUCUCCCUCCACCGCACCCAACCAGUCCCCACCCAAACCAUCCCCCUCACCACCCCCGGCGAAACCCCACGUGCAAACCGAGGAAGAGCGGCGGAUGGACAGACUGAGAGUGUGCUUGCACCGGUUGCUACGUCUAGACGGCAGUGACUGGCUGUUCCGGUACGACACGGGCAGUGAUGAGGACUUGGUUGCUGCUGUGGCCUACCGGGAGAAACGACUUGCAGGGGAUGCUGCCGCUGCUGUGGCUGUGGGGCUGGGCGGAGGGGGCGGUGGGGGCAGCGGGAGCGGGAAGUGGGGGGGGAUUUUGGAGGGGCAGGCGCAGGGGGGGCAGGGAGGGGGGGGGAAGGAGGGGGAGAUGGAGCUGCCGCCGUCAAUAUGGGGGUGUGGGGCGCAGUGUGUGUGGGGGCCGCUGCUGGUGGUGUCGUUUGGAGUGUGGUGUGUGCAUCGCGUGCUGGAGCUGUCUCAGCUGGAGAGCCGCCCAGAGCUAUGGGGCAAAUACACCUAUGUGCUCAACCGCCUGCAGGGUAUAUUGGAUCCGGCAUUCUUCCGUCCCCGCACCACGCCGCGCCUCUGCCAGUGCUACGGCGACCGAGCCAACCUCCCAGCCCUCUCCGCGCAGCCGGUGUUCCACGGCGCGCUGCUCUCCGCCAUGCUCGGUUCGCAACUCCCUCUCGCCAACCCCUCCUGGCCGCUCGGCGCACCCCCGGGCCAGCCCAAGCCGGCGUCGCCAGCUCUGUUCCUGGAGCGGAUCAGGGAGGUGGAGGUGGCGGUGGGGGCGAGAAAAGGACGCACGGGCACGGCUGCGGGGGACGUGGCGUUCCCCAAGGGCAAGGAGAACCUCGCCUCCGUGCUCAAGCGGUAUAAGAGGCGGUUGGGAGGCAGGCCGUCGGGGGGACAGGGAGGUGGAGGGGGAGGAGGAGGCGGAGGUGGGGGCGGAGGGGGGGGAGGGGGAAGAAGGUACUGA